CACAGUCUCACUUGACCAAAUCUAACCCUUCACUCUCUCUCCCUCUCUCCCAAGUCUGCUCAUAAAAGCAAAGAAAGAACGAGCUGAUCUUGCCUUGCACCAUUUCUUGAUGGGUCUCGAAUAGCUCUCUCUUUCAAACACACAAGAACAGAACAUUCCAUCCCUAAACCGAUCAACCAAUCAUCGUCCCGCGGCGGAAAUGAUGAGAGACUUCCCGUCCUGCUUCGGCGAAAGCGGAGUCCAAAUCGCGGACUCAUCAUCGUCCUUGGUGAGGUACAGCCCCCAGAACACCGUCACCUGCAUCUACAAGUCCAAGAUACGCGGUCGCCCUUGCCUCAUCACCGUGACCUGGACCAAGACCCUCAUGGGCCAAGGUCUCACCGUCUCGAUCCUCGUCGACGACGGGGGCGGCGACCACCCCAACUCGUCUCGCUCCCUCUGCCGAGUCGAAAUCAAGCCCUGGCUCCUCAUCUCCAAGCACAGAGGUUGCCGGAAAGCCCCAUUAUCGUCAUCAGAUUCCUCCACUCUCGACGUUCACUGGGACCUCUCGAACGCGAAGUUCGGCGCUGCCCCCGAGCCUGUCCAGGAUUAUUACGUCGCGGUCAAGGACGACCGCGACGUGGUCCUGCUCCUCGGGGACAUGGAGAGGGAGGCCUACAAGAAGCUCGCCGGCCUGGGCUGGGCCCGUGACAACGCAGUACUCGUGGGGAAGCGGGAGAACGUGUUCGGGAAGAAAAGCUACUGCACGAGGGCCCAGUUCCGGGACAAGGGCCAGGCACACAGCGUCGUGAUCGAGUGCGACCCGGGCGGCGGCACUCCCGCCGAGCCGUGCCUCGUGAUAAGGAUCGACGACCGGGACGUGGUGAGGGUGAGGAGGCUGCGGUGGAAGUUCCGGGGGAACUGCAUGAUCGACGUGGACGGCACCGGCGUGGAGGUGUUCUGGGACGUCCAUAACUGGCUCUUCGGUGGCGAUUGUGUCGGGAGCAACUACGGGGUGUUCCUGUUUCAGACGUGCCCGUUCUGGGCCGAGAGCGACGCCCAGAAGUUCUGCGGUUCGUCUAGUUCGAACGUGUCGAAGCCUUCGUGCAUUUCGAGCUGGUGGAGUGCGUCAUCGCCCUCUUCUUCGCGGGGUAUCGAAGAUGAUCCUCAUCACCGACAUCAGUUGCAGUUGCAGCAAGGUCUGGGCUUCUCUUUAAUACUGUACGCUUGGAAGAGUGAAUAAAAUAGUAUUAUUCAUCAUCUAUUUAUUUACCAAAAGAAAGAUAAGAAGUCGAGAAGUUUUCUUCUUCUACCUUUUUGUUUUUGGAAAGAUACAAGAGAGACUGAAAUUGUGUUUUUUCCUCAGUUUUGGGUUUUCAUGUGGUUGGAGUGGUAACUGCUAAAGAAGAUGCAUAAGAUGACUUCCUAAUAAAGUUUGAUUGAAGUACAGUGAAAUGAAUGCAGAUAUGUUGUUGCUUCUGAUA